UCUUUCUUCUCGUCUCCAUCGCUGCAGGAGGAGGAGGCGGCGGAGGACGGCGAGCGGUCAGUGGCGGAGAGGGGAGUGUUCGGGGACGCGGGGUUUGCGAGGUGGGGGGAGCUCUUGCGCCUCGGAUCGGCUCACUUCCCGACGCCUCAGCCCCCGCCGCGCCGCGGAUUAUUGCUGUUAGGUUAAAGGGAUUGUGGUAGCGAGAAGCGGUGGGGUUGAUGGAGUGCGUGGUGCAGGGGAUCAUCGAGACCCAGCAUGUUGAUGCUCUUGAGGUUCUUCUCCAGGGCCUCUCUGGUGUCCCAAAAGAACGUGUCAGAGUGCAUGAGCUCUGUCUUAAAAGUGGGCCAAAUCUAGGAGUUGUCCCAUCAGAGGUUCGUUUAUUGUGUGACUUAGCUCAGUCCACGCCAUCCUGGACCAUAAGACAUGUUGGAGGUGCCAUGAGAGGUGCUGGUGCAGAGCAAAUCUCAGUCCUUGUGCGGUCAAUUGUAGAGAGCAAAGCCAGCAACAAUGUAUUGCGUUACUUCUACGGUAUAGGGUACAAGUUAGAUCAUGAAGUUCUGAAGGGAGGAUUUGCAUUUCGUUUCCACCGAGGUGCCCAGAUAACUGUGACCGUUACCUCUGUUAGCAAGAUGACAAAACUCCAUGCUACCAACGAAGCUGUGCCAAUCACUCCUGCAAUACAGCUAGUGGAAAUCACGGCCCCUGCUGCUGCUGACAAUUACAACGAUGUCGUUUCAGCCGUCACUUCGUUCUGUGAAUAUCUAGCACCGCUUCUGCAUCUCUCUAAACCAGGCAAUUCGACUGGAAUCGUCCCGACUGCAGGCGCUGCUGCCGCCUCACUCAUGUCAAGUGGUGGUGGUGGUGGUGGUAAAACGUUGUGAUCGGUCAUAUGUGUUGGCUGCAAUGCCAUGAUGAUCUCCAUUGACCAUCCCACUUAAAACAUUGUUGCCAUCUUUAGUUCUGUAACUUUUAGUCAGUAGCACCAUGGUUUUUCUUGUAAUGACAUGCUAAAUGCUGCCUACCUUGCUUUGGAGACUGGUAAAUGAACACUGAUCAUUGCUUGCUUUUACUGAAGAGUGGAAACUGAAUGCUGGGAAAGCUUGACGAUA